CUUCUGUUACUUCCCCAGUAUCUCUCUCGCCCGAUGCAGAACCAUUGUUUGUGCGAUUACUGAGCGCUGAUUAAUGAGGGGAAAAGAGUGCUGCAGCUCUCUCUCUGCUUCCACUGAAUGAGGAUGGCUGUAGCAGAGCCUUUAAGUGCCCUUUCCCGCUGGUAUCUCUAUGCCAUUCAUGGCUAUUUCUGCGAGGUGAUGUUCACAGCAGCCUGGGACUUUGUGGUGCACUUCAACUGGAAAUUUCCCGGGGUCACCAGUGUCUGGGCCCUUUUCAUCUACGGCACGUCCAUGCUGAUAGUGGAGAGGAUGUACCUCUACCUCAAGGACAAGUGCUGCACUGCUGCCCGGUGCCUCAUCUACACCAUCUGGACGUACAUCUGGGAAUUCUGCACGGGCUACAUCUUGCGGCAGUUCGACGCCUGCCCGUGGGACUACUCGCAGUUCGAGUUUGACUUCAUGGGACUGAUCACCCUGGAGUACGCCAUUCCGUGGCUCUGCGGCUCCUUCCUCAUGGAGAAGCUGGUCAUCAGGAACACACUGCGCCUGAGAUUCGACCGCCCCCGGGACGCGGUGGAGACAGCAGCACCGACAGCCUGGUGCCCCAGCGCCCUGACGAACGGACACAUCAAAAACAACUGACAUCCACCCCUCCAGGCUGAUCUGUGGUGGGGAAGAGAGAUGAGGAUAGAAAUGAUACGGUGGAGAGGGGCUUUACUUUGGUCUCCCCAGAGGACGGACAAUAACGAGACGAACAGCUGAUGGUGCCGCUUGGGGCAAUUCCCCGCCCCCCGUGAUGACAUUGGAGGUCCGUGCCGGAAGUUGAUUGGCCGUAACCGCUGUCACUCAUGACUUGUUGGGGGUGGUGAAUACGGCACGAGCUCGGACCGUUAUUUCCCGCUCGCUCAGGUUCAACGGCUUAAACUCCAAAUAAGAGGAAAGCGACAGAUUUAAUCGCGCACACACACAUAUAUAUAGUACGGAUUCGCAGUUUCUUUCCCCCUUUUAGUUGUCGACUUGUUUUAAAAAUUACGUGAAAGGCCACACACUGUUGUGCCCGACACCCACCUGUGGUGCUUACCCACUCCCAUGCAGCUUCGUGAAAGGGGGACUUCCAUUAGUCUUCAAGUCCUCCGAUGGAACUGUUAUCCCCAACUUUAGCCAAGACUGUGGUCUGAUCUGUUGGGACCGAUACAUGGCUAAAGUACCCUCAUCAAAAAGGCUCAGUGCUUGGUAGCUACCUUGGUUUUCGAACCAUUAUCACAGAAUACCAGGGUCGCUCAGUUGGUCAUGUCACUGAGCAGGCACGUUCUCCAGAACUGAAGAUCAUCCACGGGUUGACACGCCUCUAUGAAGUUUUGAAUAGACAAUUAAUUAUUUCUAAGUAGUAGUAAGCCUACAAGUAACCGAGAUCAAAGACUUUACAACCAACAUUCUUCCCCUUGCUAGGAGAAUACAGAACAGAAACAACUUUGCACAAACUCCUCUCUGCAUCCCCUCCAAGGAUUAAUUGAUUAUUUACCAAUGAGUAAUCUGGUGGAGGCAGAUUCAGCUGUGGUUUUAAAAUGGGAAUUGGCCAGCUGCCUAAAGAGAAACAACAUACAAGGCAGCCAGGAAACCCAUGGUAAGGUCUAGAUGAGUUGCUGUUGCAGCGUGUUGGCAUGGACAUGAUGAACUGAAUGGCCCAGACAGGGUGAGACAACUGCUAUGGAGCUGAACCAAAGGAACUAAACUUAAAGGAACUGAAACUCCAAAGGCAGCAACACAAGCAAGUCCACUUUAUGGAAAUUUCCCAGUGCAGUGACCCUUCAACAAGAAAUAAUGGAUAGGUGCCUCUUUUUAUCAUUACUACCUGAUGUUUAUCCAAGACAGUAUGUCACGUCAGUUAUAUGCCAUGCAGUUGUGUGCCCAUGUGCAUCUUAAUACAUUGCAACACCACCUCUGAUAGGGAAGUAGGAAGGAUUCUGAAAUUAGAUUCCCUCCUCCCCAGUUUCCAGAAGACUCACUGACUUUGACUGGAUUGCUUGUCCAGAGUACUUGCCACUCAGCAGCACCUUAGCUGAAUGGCCAUUUGUAGCAGAUGAUUUGUCCAAUGUGAUAUUCAGACUUAAGUCCCCAUCACCAUCAGAACAAGUGCAUUCUCAGGGUGGAGAGCUGCAAGAUAUGUUGUUUUGUCAGUUUGCAGAGCUGCAGGACUGAAACAAACAGGAGCGAACUGGGAUCCAAUCUGUGACCUGUGUUUAGCACAAUUUGAUAUGACACAGUGCUUUUAACAACCAGACUAUGCUUCAUCUCUUUGAAAAUGGAAUAUUACAUUUUAAUUUUUUUAAUUGUUUCAAAUCAAGUGGUGAGAAAGGAUUUGUCUUCACCUUUGCUGCCUUUUGGUCAAUUUUUAUGUAAACAACCUGAGCUAGGCCCAGUCAAUGGCACCAAUCAUGGCCUCAGUACCCCAUGGGCUAAAUCAGGAAAACAGUCCUAAGUUGUUACUUACUGAUCUCCUGCUGGUGAACGCAUAUCAGGAAAUUGUGUGCUAUGAGCUCUCUGGUGGAAAAUGCAGAUUCAAUUUCAACUAUUGCUUGGGGAAUGAUGGAGAGGAGUUGGGUGGUUCAAAGUUAUGGUACUGUCCUAGGACAGAAGAAGGCUAUGAAGGGAACUACCUUGGUGGAGGGAAGAAUUUUGUUUCAAAGGAAUGUUCAGUAUAAAAUUAUAAGGGAACAGGAAUAAAUAGACUACUAUGAAAAAACAGUGUUACGAACUGCUCAUGACCUGUGAUGGGCAGUCUCCAAUUUAACAAAAUUCUUUCCGUGCAAGCAGAAAUGGACUGAUGAAAGACAAUAGUGUUAAUUAACUCUUCGUAACAGCCAACAGUAUUCCUAUUUUAACUGUUUCCGCUGAAAUACUCAGUACAUGGAAGAUCGCAAUUAUCUCAAAUAGAAGUCCAUUAGCAGUGUGAGAGACAAACUCAAACAUACACAGCUCCUAGUUUGCAAUGUUACAGACAAUUAAUGAGUUCCUUCAGCCUGACACAAUGCACAUAUCAAAAAAACUGUUACAUUAGCUUUUCAUUUGUGUGACUUAAUUUGCAAAAGUCCCACUGACAUAUACUAACAAAAUUAGAAACCCAGUGAUAAUUACAAGAAUGCUGAACAUAGAAAUAAAUGAUGGAAAUGAGUAACAGGUUUCUGUGUAGUGCCUAACUACAUAAAGCUUGUUGUUAUUGCUCAGUUAGUCAAAGCACUUUUCCUAUAAAUGAGAGAUCUUGAACCUGAGUCCCAGUGAUUAGUUAUUGUUUAUGCUUAAGGCAGAGGUAGAUAUAUUGACUAAUAAGGAGUUGAACAUUAUUGGAAUUAGACUGGAAUGUGGAUUUGUGAUCACAAUUAAAUUAGCUGUGGUCUCAUUGAAUAGUAUUGCAGUCUCGGGGUGUGGAAUGGCCUACUCCUAAUUUGUACAUUUGUAUGCAAAGGAUUUACUUGCACUUCACACGGGUCUUUUCUCUCAAACCCUUUCAUUGUAACAACUCCCUGUAGCAUACUGAAUGAAGCCAAUGGACAACAAAAAGCACCAAGCUCUGAACUUUAUAAAAGCCAAAAGAACUAAGGAUGCUGUAAAUGAGAAACAAAAACAGAAGUUGCUGGCAAAGCUCAGCAGGUCUGGCAGCAUCUGUGGAGAGAAAUCAGAGUUAAUUUUUCAGGUCCGGUGAUCCUGAUCCUUACUUAGAACUGAUGGUAGCUAGGAAAAUGUUGGUU